CGUCCGUUGUUUCUCGUGGUCUGCCCUAGCUUAGCUGUGCUUUGCUUACCUUCUCCCCUGUUUGCUUUCUCUUUCAAUCGGCUUUGCACUCUUCGUCUGUCACUCUGUGGUGUUUAAUGAGGCCAGAUCUCCAGCACCAGCGGUGCUUUUGAUUGACAUCAGCGAGCGAGCGAGAGCGAGAGAGAGAGAGAGAGCGAGCGAGAAGCAAGGGAUUGAGAGAGCUUGAGAGGGCAAGAUCGAUCAAUUGAUCGAGCGUCAUGGACACCGAGCUUACUAGAGAGGAGGUGUUGAAAAGGGAUAUCCCAUGGGAGACGUACAUGACAGCCAAGCUGAUCAACAGCACUGGAUUGCAACUACUCAGGCGGUAUGACCACCGUCCGGACAACGUGCAAGCUGCAUUGCUGGAUGAGAAUGGAGUAGCUUACGUCAAAGUGUUCGUGGGCAUUCUACGAGACAUCUCCAAGCAGGAAACUGUUGAAUAUAUGCUCGCAAUGGUGGACGAGAUGCUCACAGCGAACCCAACGCGUGCUCGUUUAUUUCAUGACAAGUCUUUCCAAGACAAUGAGGAUGUUUACCGACCGUUUGUAAGGUUGCUGUCAAAGAAGAAUUGGUUUAUUCAAGAGAAGAGCUGCAAGAUUCUCACAUUGAUUAUCAGUGCCCGGCAGUAUGAAGAGACAGAUCUUGAAGAUAUUACAGCUUCACAGAAAAAGGCAGACACAUUUAACGAGGUUCUCCGGAGUGUUCUGGAUUGGCUCAUCACACAGCUAAGAAACCCGUCACAUCCAUCUCGGGGGAUUCCCACUGCUGUGAGCUCUUUGGCAACCCUCUUACGUGUUUCAAAAGUGCGAGCUAUGUUUGUGAAGGCUGAUGGCGUCAAGCUUCUAGCUCCCUUAGUUACCCCUGCUACCAACCAGCAAUACAUUCAGCUGCUGUAUGAGGCGUUGCUGUGCAUAUGGCUUCUAUCUUUUUAUGAUGGUGUUGUGGAAUCGUUUUCCACAGCGAGAGUCAUAUCCCGCCUAGUGGAAGUUGUGAAGAUAUCCACUAAAGAAAAGGUUGUGAGAAUUGCUAUGAUGGCAUUAAACAACCUUUCAAGCAAGGGGAACUUUGCUGCAGAGAUGGUAGAUUUGGGCAUGUCCAAGGUUGUACAGAGCUUGAAAUUGCAAGCAUGGAAUGACGAGGACUUGUUGCAAGCGUUGGAUGUAGUAGACGCAGCUUUGAAGGAUAUUAUACGCAAGUUGAGCUCAUUUGACAGGUACAAAGGUGAAGUAUUCUCCGGGAAUCUGGAUUGGUCUCCAAUGCACAAAGAUCCUGUGUUCUGGCGUGAGAACAUCUCCAAGUUUGAAGAAAGCGACUUUCAGGUACUACGUAUUUUGAUUACGUUAUUGGACAACUCCCGAGAUCCUAAAACCCUUGCAGUGGCUUGCCACGAUAUAGCCCAGUUUAUUCAAAAUCAUCCAGCUGGUCGAGGGAUCAUCCUUGAUUUGAAGGCCAAGGAGCGGGUGAUGAAGCAUAUGUCGCAUCCCAAUCCUGAGGUUGCAACGCAAGCCCUUCUAUGCGUGCAGAAAGUGUUACUUAGUGCCAAGUAUGCAAGCUACAUGCAAUAAGUCACUGGUGAGAUUUUUUUUUAUAAUUUUCUUCCUUUUGCUUUCUUCAUCCAGCUCAUGAUGCCCAAUAACUUACUGGGAAAAUGCUCAAUUGUCUUUCAUGAAGCUUUGAUGAUGUACUUGAUUGAGGGGCCAGUUAAGCCCCUGCAAUUCUGCAAAUAAUGUACCACAUUUAC